AUGGCAACNUUGAUUACUGCACGACAAAAUGAUCCCACAUACUCAAAUGACGUCGAAAGACGUUUACGAUCAAUUGUUGGAGUUAAAUUAACACCAUUUCAAGAUGAAUACGACGUGAAAGAACCGCUAGGACGGGGUAAAACAUCUACAUGUUAUCGUUGCAUUCAUCGACAAACUCGACAAGAAUACGCCGUUAAAAUUAUCAAAGAUGCUAGUAUAAAUGAUCCAUCAGAUGAAAUCGAAUUGCUGUUUCGUUACAAUCAAUUGACACAUAUUAUUCGAAUGCGUGAUGCGUUUUUCAAUGCGCCCAAAGUGUACAUCGUAACUGAAUUGAUGCGCGGCGGGGAAUUAUUCGAUAAAAUUCGUCAAGAGAAAUCGUUAUCUGAACGCGAAAGUGCAAAAAUCAUGAAUGUAAUUAUAAAAACUAUCGAACAAUUACAUCGAAAUUCAAUCGUGCAUCGUGAUCUGCAACCUCGUAACAUAAUGUAUGUCAAUGAGAGCCGUCAACCAUCAUCACUACGUAUUGUUGAUUUGGGCUUUGCUAAACAACAACGUGCUGAGAAUGGCCUGUUGAUGACACCUUGUUUUACCAAAGAAUAUGCUGCACCAGAAGUUUUAUCAAGGAAAAAAUAUGAUGAAUCUUGUGAUAUUUGGAGUCUUGGAAUUCUUCUAUACACCCUACUGGCUGGAAAUACACCAUUUGCACUUGAUCGAAAUGAUUCACAUGAUCUGAUACUUGCACGAACAGCGGUUAAAUUACAAUUUACUGGACCAACUUGGGAUCGGGUGACGGAUAAUGCAAAAGCUCUUGUUAGUGCAAUGUUAGAUGUCGAUCCGAAGAAGAGACCAACAGCUUUGGAGCUUUGUAAGCAUCCAUGGUUUGCAGAUAUGGACAGUCUUCCGAACACGAAACUAAGUAAUAUUCAGGAUCAUAAUCUUGUUCGACAUAAUCUCGACGCAACAUUUCAUGCGAUCAAUGCUAAUCCCAGUAAAAAUUUAACCCUCGGUCCCAUUGGUGAUUCCAAUCUAUUCAAACGACGUAAUGAACGAACUAAUCAUCAGCAGCAAACAGGAAAAAUAUUUUGUAAUUAUCUUUGGGACACGAUGAGAAUACUGAGUGUACCGAUAAUUGUGUCGGUUUUAUUGGUAAGUAUUCUUUCGAACGUGAAUGCGUACAAAUCCUAUUCGAAACAUGAAUUAUGGCGUGUGUAUGUUCGAAAUAAUGAACAAGUCGCUCGAAUGUUAGAAUUUAGUCGGAUUGCACAUCUUCAUGGAAUUAACUUUUGGUCCGAGGAAUUCCGUAUGAACAUUCCAAUCAUUGUUAGUGUUCCACCUGAAUCCGUUGAAGACUUUGCCGAAUAUCUUUUAUCAUCUGAUAGUAAGAUCGAAUAUGAUAUCAUGAUGAAUGACAUCGGCACAGUUAUCGAACAACAAAAAUUGACACAUAAGGUACGACCAUCGACAAUGAAUGCUGAUGAUUUUGCUUAUGAUAAAUAUCACACUAUUGAUGAAAUUCAUGCAUGGAUUGAUAAAAUGGUUCAAACAUAUCCUACAUUAGCAUCGACAUUCACUGUUGGUCAAUCGUAUGAAAAACGGGAUAUGAAAGGUUUGAAAAUUUCAUCAAGUAAACUCGCCAGGAAACGUGACGGAACACCAGUCAACCAGAAAAAAGCCGUAUGGUGGGAUGGAGGUAUUCAUGCUCGGGAAUGGAUUAGUCCAGCGACAAACAUCUUCAUUGCUCAUGCACUUCUAUCCAAUUAUAGCAAAGAUCCGAAUAUCACACAUUUGGUUGAUCAAUUUGAUUAUUAUAUUUUACCGGUGUUCAAUGUUGAUGGUUAUGCCUAUACGUGGACAAAAGAUCGUUUAUGGCGUAAGACUCGUAGCAAAACAAGCAUUCCACUUUGUUACGGUGCAGAUCCGAAUCGUAACUGGGAUUACAAGUGGUGCGAAGGUGGUGCUUCACGUGAUCCAUGUUCAGAUACAUAUUGCGGUCAUAAAGCAUUUUCCGAAGUUGAAACUACACAAGUUUCUCAAUUCAUCGGCGCUCAUAAUGAUACAAUUGUACAUUACAUUAACUUUCAUUCGUUUUCACAAUUAUGGAUGACACCAUGGGGCUACACGACUAAAAAACCAGAUCAAUUCAAAUUACAAGAUGAUGGUUCAGCAGCCGCAGUAAAUGCUCUCACUGCUGUUUAUGGUACCCAAUAUGUGCAUGGCAAUAUCGGUGCCACUAUUUAUAUUGCAUCAGGCAAUACAGUCGAUUGGACAUCUGGUACAGCUAAUGUAAUAUUCAGUUAUGCGGUUGAACUUCGUGAUACUGGUGAAUAUGGAUUUCUAUUACCAGAAGAUCAAAUUAUUCCAACUGGCCAAGAGACAUUAGCUGGGGAAAUGGCUCUGUUGAAAUAUAUUGAAGGACAUGUUUAUGGAUAA